AUGGACCCCCUCCCUCUUCUCAGCAAGGAGGCCAUUGCUGGUCAACAUUUCUAUACGUACAGAGAGUACAAGCAGAGUCGUGAGUACCGCGUUCUGAAGGCCAUCAUCAAGGAGUUCGUCAGGGACACCUUCAAGGACUCGGCCUCUGGCGAAGACCCCGUCCGCAAGGCCGUUUGCCUUGGCAUUGGAUCUUUCGAUCCUGAGAACGGCAGCUGGUCCGUCAAGGAGAAGGCUCAUGUGCAGCUUGCCGCGUUCCUUCUCAUUGUCGAGGAGAUUGAAAAGUUCUGCAAGAAGCCCAUCAAGUGCAUCUUCCAGGAGCCGGCUUUUGAGGUCUCCGACAUUGCCUUCAUCACCUCCUUGGGUCACGAGGUUGUUGAGUCUCCCGUCGCCUUUGACGCUGUUGAUUCUCACACCUUCCUCUUUGGCGUCCACCUCUACCGCGAUGUCUACGCCCAUGCCUUCAAGAACGGCGACUUCCCUGCCCUGUUCAUCGGCACCGGCUGGGAUGUCUGGUCCGAUGUCAACUACCGCUGGGAGCCCGAGGAGUGCACUCUCGACGCCAUCGAGAUCAUGGAGAAGACCCACAAGAAGUUUGCCUUCCCCGAGGCCAAGGGCAAGAACAUCUUCUAUGGCACCUCCAUCUACUGGGACUAA